AAGAUUUCAUUUCUGUUUUUUAAAAAACAAAGUGAUGUCGUCUGCAAAGUGGCACAAUUGCUUUAAAUAAAAAACUGUGCUUUAUAGUGUCAAAUGCCUUGUGGAAAUCGAUAAAUAAAAUAAAUCUAUUAUCUAAAAUAUAUUCAUUAUAGUCCACCAUAUCUAGAACCAGUCUAAUGUUAUUACUAAUGUGUCUUCCUUGUAUAAAUCCAGUCUGUUCCUCAUCUAUAAUAUCUUUAAAUCCUUUCUUCAUUUUUUGGCAAAUAUUAGCGCAAACAAUUUUGCUUCAUUGUUUAAUAAACUAAUAGGUCUCCAAUUCUCUAAAUGAAAAUCAUUUUUGUUUAGCUUUGGAAUUAGGGUAACGACACCUUUUUUUAAAGAAGUGGGCAAUUCAGCAAGCCUCUGUUCUGACUUUUUCCAUUUUCAGUCGAAACCUCAGUUGACACCCAGAUAAUGAAACACGAUUGAAGACUUCAUUACAUUUAUGUCUUUGAUAUAAAUAACUGUUGAAUAUGACUCAUGCAUUUAUUCUGAUGUGUUUUUGUCUUCUAGUGGGUGUGUUUGGUGAUGAAGUGAAGUCAGUGUCAGUGUUUGAUGGAGGUUCUGUUACUCUAAACACUGAUAUUACUGACAUGAAGAGAGUUGAUUUGAUCGAGUGGAGAUUUGAAACGAUCCGCAUCGCUAGAAUCAAGAGAUCUGAUGAUAUCAAUCCAAAAUAUGAUGAUAAUAAUGAGACUCAAAGAUUUGGUGGUAAACUGAAGCUGAACAGUCAGACAGGAGAUCUCAUCAUCACAAACAUCACAUCUGAACACACUGGACUUUAUCAACUACGUGUUGUGAUUCUAAGCGUAGAGACAAUCAAGCGAUUCAAUCUUACAUCUUAUGCUCCUCUCUCCGUUCCUGUCAUUACCAGCGUCAUGUCACAGUGUUCACGUUUACAUUGUGCGUUAUUGUGUUCAGUGAUGAAUGUGAGAGAUGUGAGUCUGUCCUGGUAUAAAGGAAACAGUUUAUUAUCCAUCAUCAGUGUGUCUGAUCACAACAUCAGACUCUCUCUACCUCUGGAGGUUGAAUAUCAGGAUAACAACACAUACAGCUGUGUGGUGAACAAUCACAUCAGCAACCAAACAAAACAUUUCUGCCUUGCCGAUCUCUGUCAGCCGUGUUCAGAUGUCGUUCGCGCUAGUGAUAGUGCUGAAGCUGUUCUGAUACUGCUGAUGGUCCAGUUGACUGUCAGUGUUUUGAUGGUUGUUGGUGCUGUUGUGGUUCUGGGUUAUGACAUCAAAUCCAGACGAGAUAAACAGAAGAGAAAAUCACAAACAUCACCAGCAACAUCUGAUGAAUGAGAUUCUAAAACAACAAUCAACUCAACAACAUCACUAUUCUUACCAUCAGCUAGUUUAUGGAUUUAUAAACAGUGUCUGUUUCUUAUCAUCACAUCAUUGACUACAUUUAGACAUACACCAAUAAUAUGAUUAUUCCAAUACUUAAUCAGAUGUUUACAUGACUGAAGCUCCUGUUUACAUGCAGUUUUUAUUUUCUGAUUGUUCGCUAAUGAUUGUGAUUAUUA